AUGGGCGCCGUCUCCGCUGUUCUCAUCAUUCUCAUCACCAUCCUCUUCCCGCCUGCUGGUGCCUAUGCCGUUGCAGGCUGUGGCGCUGAUCUUCUGAUCAACAUCUGCCUGACCCUCCUCGGCUACAUCCCCGGCCACAUCCACGCCUUCUACCUCGAGUAUGUCUACUACGACCGAAAAGAGCAGGCAAGAGAAGGACGCUUCGCCGCACAACGAGCCCCGGGCGUCUACAGCGAUCGCGUUCAGACAGGUGGCCACGGCUACGCACCCCAGGGCUACGGCACCAUCGCCCAGCCCACCCAGUGA